ACGGGUUGAACCCGACCCGAGAUUCGUAUUUCAGUUCGACGGUGAGCCAGAGUGUAGCCCUCAGGUUUUCCAAGUACAAGGAAACACUAAACAAGCUGUCUUCACUUGCAAGUUCGGCGCUAGAAACUCUAGUUCCGGCGAUCGGAAUCUUCUUCACAGUUCGUCAAUGAUGUCUGAAACGAGGAGUAGUUGCAUAUCGUCGAUGAAAUCUGAGAAGGAACAACCGUCGAAAGAGAGAAAAGGCCCGGCUCUGCUUCUAUGGUCACACCUUUCGUUCCGUCCCCCGGUUCGAACCGCGUGACGCGAUCGAGUCCCGGCGCGUGGCUUAUUCUCCGACCAGACGGUUGCACGUGGAAGCCAUGGGGACGACUAGAGGCGUGGCGUGAAGCUGGUUACUCUGAUUCACUCGGUUACCGUUUUGAGCUCUUCCAAGACGGAAUCGCCACCGAGGUCUCCGCGUCGUCGUCUAUAAGUUUGAAAAAUGGCGGGAGUUUUGUUAUUGACGUCACCGGCGGGACAACCACGGUGGGAUCGACGCCGACAACGAGUCCUCAGGGAAGUUUGGAUCUCGGAUCCGGUUCCAGCUCCGGGUCGAGACCAGGAUCGGGGUCCGGGUCGGAUUUUGGAUAUCUACUGCCGCAGCAUCCGGCGCAGAGCAGAGGGUUCGUGAUGUCGGCUUCGGUGGAAGGAGUGGGGAAACAGAGCAAACCGGAGGUGGAAGUGGGUGUAACGCACGUGACAUGCACGGAGGAUGCAGCAGCGCACGUGGCGUUAGCUGCGGCGGUGGAUCUGAGUUUGGAUGCUUGCAGGCUGUUUUCACAGAAGCUAAGGAAAGAGCUGAGACAGCAAAGCCAGCUUGGUGUCGUUUGACGUCUAUUGCUUUGUCGUUUUACCAAUUCAUGAGUUGUCUUUCACUCACAAUUUUUCUUUUCUUCUGGAAAAUGUUUUUUUUUCUGAGGUAGCGUUAGGAAUUAGCUGGCAAUUUUUUUUAAGAAUGUGGAUGUCAUCAUUAUUAAGAUUGUUUAUAUGUUUUUAUGUACAGCUAAACUUCCACAGAAGCAACUUCUUAUGUCAUUAUCCUAUCCUAUUCAUAUCCUAAUCCAAACAUGUAAACAUGUCACAAUCAGUACUGAUCAUCUGGUUUUCAGUACUGAUCAUCUGGUUUGCACAGUGAUCUCAUCGUCAUAAACCAAUGGGUCUAGCCCAACCUCGUUCCAGGAUUCGUUAUGGGCAAUUCUUGGUUUGUAUACUUGAAAACAGGGCUUCUUGGAAUAACAUUGGUGAAGCAAAAAACGUUUUGAGUGAUAGUGAUGAGAUUAUUGAAGUUUCAUAGCCCAUAGAUUGGACAAACCUAAAGAAGGGUGGCUACGUGGCUGAUGUCCAACUCCCGUUUGGAAUACGUUAGGCGCUAGUCGGAGGCAAUCUCAGACCUAGCGAGUUACCAAAAAAUCGGGGAGUACUCGAAGAUUACGCGGAUCCUAGUUUUAAAUACAAUUUAAUAUAUUUAUAAUAUAAUUAGCUAAUUUUAAACAUGAUGACACAUGUUUUUAGACAUAAUUAUAUAAUUUUUUAUAUAUAAUUUUAAACAGCCUCUUUUUGAUUCGUCGAACAUUUAGAUUAUGGUGUGUUUGGUACGAAAAAAUUCUUAAAUGAAGUAAUUAUGUGUUUGUUUUGGGUUUGAUAGCUAAUUAUAAUUAUUUAGUAAUGAAAAAUCUAUCAAUAAUGAGUAAAAAAUAAUCAACCGUGUUUUAAUUUUACACGGACGAAAAGAGAAAAAAAACUUAGGCGAUCUAGGGGAGAAUUAGGCGGAAAUUAGACGGCCAACGCGAGAAUUAGGCAGUCUUGUGCAGAUCAACGGCCAACACCGUUUUGGGCAUAUUCGCCGCGAUCAACCUCCAAACAAUGCUUAGACGGCCGCGUUUUUGAACAGGGUGUGCAACCAAAAGUAUCAAAAUUUGCAAAUAGUUUUAAAAAUUAUAUUGCUAGGAGAAAGGUCUGUUUAUAAAAUUCAUACAGGAGUUUUAUAUUACCGAAUCAUUGUUUUUUCCAUAAGAUAAUCGAUACUACUAAUUAUUUCAAAUUAAGCCAAAAUUUUAAAAUUAAACUAGAUUCUAACCCGCGCUGUUGCGCGGGAUUUUUUAUAUUAAUAUAUAUAUAUAUAUAUAAUAUCUGUUUUUAAAUAAAAAAAUUAUAAUUUGAUGAUAAUUUCUAAAUUUCGGUUUGCGUCAAAAUUGUAUUUUUUGGUUUUUAGUUUGGUUCUGGUCCGAUUAUAGAUUUUUUUUGGUUCAAGAAAUAUAGUAGUGGCAUGGUUAUUUAUAAUUUUGGGUUUGAUUGGGUUUUGUUAUUUUCGUUUGGUUCAAAUAACAAUGUUAGGAACCUGAUAAAAUUUUGUCUUCAAUUCGAGGGUAUAGAUCUGAACAUAAAUAUAGAGUUUUUGAUCUUGAUUCUAAUUUAGGUAGCUAUAUUUUACUGUCCUUAUAUGUAAAUUAUGUGUAGGGAAUCGGUAUAUCUCAAGAUUAUAUACCAUAUUAUAAAAUAUAUGCUAAUUUUGUGCAUGUAUAUAAUAGAGUUAAGAUGUAUAUUCAACAGCUAUGAUCAGAAUAUACCAUUAUCAUUUUGAAGUAAAAUUUUUUUGUCUAAAUAAGGAUUAAGUAGAUGUAUUUUAGGUAAUCAAUCACUAUAUAUUGGUAGUUGUUGAAACUAAUUAUAAGGAAGUUAAAUAGAUUGAGAAUACUAUUGUCGAUUAAUUUAUAAGGAAGGAAAUGGGGUUUUAAUAAUUGUAAUAUAGUUAUCUUUAAAAAACAAUUAUCAUCAAGUUUGAGAGAUGAAUUGGUGACUGAAGUAUGUACAAAGAAUAUUUUCAGUUUAUAUUCAUUACAUAUUUAAUUUUAUUUAAUUAUUCUCUUAAUUUAAAAAAAUACAUUUAUUAUGUAUACUAUAAAUUAAAUUUAAAUUAAUUAUACACAUAAAAAUUACAUAUUUUCAAGUAUUGAUGCUUAUUUUCUUUAAAUUAAAAUAAUUUUAUCCUUUCAAAGCCCGAGUAAAAAUUUAGUUAAUUUAAUUAGUAAUACAUUAUAUCAUCUCUAAAAUUUAGUUAAUUUAAAAAUAGUUACUUUUAUAAUUAAAAGUAACAUUGAUUUAAAUUUUAAAAUAAAUAGAGAUAAAUUGGCGUUAAAUUUAAUUAUAUUUUACAAUUUCAUUAUUUAUUAAACACACAUUUAUUUGAAUGGUCUUAAACGUAUAGGAAUAUGGCAAAUUAGAAUUUAAUUUUGUGGGUUGGUAGGUUGAAAAGAAUGACAAAACAAUUGUAAACGUACCCAAAACAAUUGUAAGCGUUUCGAAUUCAAGUUUGAGAAUGCAACUUAUUAUAUUUAUACCACAAAAACAAUUGUAAACGUACCCAACUCAAUAGUCAAAAAGCUAACGCAUAUGUGGUACUUCAGUUUAAUUUUUUUAGUUUUUUGGUAUAAAUAUAAUAAGUUGCAUUCUCAAACAGUCAAACUUGAAUUCUAAACGCUAAACUUUGAAAUUCAAGGAAACAACUAUCAUCUAACCCUAUAACUCUUUAGUACAAUAAAUCAAAACUUCUUACAUAAUAUUUUUUUUUUUGGGAUCAAAUUUACAUAAUAAUUUAACCUAUAUAAUUACAGAGACAAUAUUACCAGCAAAAAAAACCUUAUAUUAUACGUAUUAUACAAAUGAAAAGAAGGAAACAGGAAGCCGUCAGAUUCAAGAAACAUAAACAUCUUCUUUCAGGGUUUUUAACCGUCUGAUUUUUAAAGAAGCUUUUCAUCUCUCGGCAAGUCCAUUUUCUGCGAGCAUUCAAACUUUUGACCUUUUUGGUCUAUGUCCAGGAAAAAACUGUGUGCACAAUAAAGCUACUCUAACCAUUUCUUAUAACUCAAUCUCAUCAGAGCUCUUCUUCUUGAGCAAUUUUUUUACCCAUAAACACCUCAAGUUUCUUCUCUUGAUGUAUCUUUUUAACUCAAUCAAGCAUAGCACCUUUAUGGUUAGACGCUUUAUCAAACUUAAGAACUUUUUUUCUCGUUUAAGCUCAAGAAGAAGAACCCCAAACCUGAAAACAUCGUUUUUCUCAGAGGAUUGAUCAGUUGAUAGAUAUUCAGGAGGAAUGUGACAAACCGUGCCUCUAACUGCGGUUGUGAUAUGAGAAUCUUGGUGAUCCAAGAGUUUUUGUUAGGAUAAUGAUGUAUCAUUAUCAAGAUAACUAUAGUUUAAUAUAACAGAUUGUAUUUAUCUUAUAGAUAACCAUGAGCAUUAGAUAAGGUCGACUUGACUCUAUCUCUUGAUCUCGACUUGUAUAAAUAGAGAGCUGUAGACAUCAAUAAACUUAAGCUUUCACAAUACUAAUCUUAUAUGGUAUCAGAGCAAUUCUCGAUCCAAAUUACCUAAUUUUUCUUUUCCUUUUCUUCACGCUAAACCAAAACCGACGAACAUGUCUGAUCAAAGCAGCUCUCUCACAACUGCCACUGCUACACGCACCGCAGUAUAUGAUCCAGCAAACCCUGCAAACUCACUACUUGCAGUAAACAUGUCAAACGUUACACGAUUGACAAAUACCAACUACCUCAUGUGGAGCAGACAAAUUCAAGCACUCCUUGAAGGUCACGAACUCCACGUCUUCCUUGAGAAAACAGAAUCCACUCCUGAGGCCGUCAUCAUCAACAACGGACUCGCAGAGCCUAACCCGGCGUACCAACCGUGGAGACGUCAAGACAGACUUCUAUACAGUGCCAUCAUUGGUGCUAUAUCCCUUCCUGUCCAACCACUCGUUGCAAGUGCUACAACCACGCACGAAGUUUGGAGCACACUCAAUCUCAUCUUUGGCACACCAACUCGCGGACACAUCAAACAACUAAAGUUUCAAGUCAAAAGCUGCACCAAAGGUACAAAAACCAUCAGUGAGUAUCUACGUCUCAUCAAGACUAAAUCAGAUGAACUCGCACUCCUUGGCAAACCAAUUGAUCCUGAAGAUCUGAUAGAACAAAUUCUAGCGGGUCUUUCUGAGGAAUACAAAGCUGAAGUUGAUGCGAUCAAUGGCCGGGAUCACCUGAUCUCCUUUUCUGAACUCACGGAAAAACUUCUCAACCGCGAGGCUAUGAUUGUCUGUGAUCAACCAGCAACACCAGCUUUUCCAGUCACGGCUAAUACCACCAUACGAAGCAACAACAACAUGAGCAACAACAACAACUACAACACUAACAAUCGUAACAACAACAACAACUGGCGACCAUCCUCUAUCCCAAGACAAGGCGGUAAUUCUCCUCGUCCAUCCCGUCCAUACCUUGGACGGUGCCAGGCCUGUGGAGUUCAAGGACACAGCGCCCAAAGGUGUCCCUCAUUUAGAGUCAUAGCCACCAACUCACCGCAGCAAAAUGUUCAGCAAUCUCAGUGGCGACCUUUUGCCAAUACAGCGUACAUGACAAAUCAACAACCUGACGCUUGGCUAAUGGACAGUGCAGCCUCUCACCAUGUUACGACUGAUCUCAACAACAUGGCUGCACACAUGCCAUAUGUAGGAUCCGAUGGCAUAGUGGUUGGGAAUGGAGCCAAUCUUCCCAUCACACACACCGGUUCACUCUCUCUUCAAACUCCAUCUAAGAACUUUAAUCUUAAUAAUGUUCUUUAUGCUCCAUCUAUGCAAAAGAAUUUGAUCUCUGUUAACCGGUUUUGCAAAACUAACAAUGCCUCUGUGGAAUUCUUUCCAAAUAUGUUUCAGGUGAAGGACCUUCCAACGGGAACACCGGUGCUGACCGCGCCAGUUAAUGGCAAUCUAUACGAAUGGCCCACCAAUGACUCACGCACUCCUCUAGCUUUCUCUGCUGUAUCAUCAUCGUUCUCAGACUGGCACCACAGACUAGGACAUCCGGCUUUUCCGAUUUUACAGCAUAUUUCUUCUUGUUUUUCUCCUGGCUUUUCUUGUCGUUCUUCAACUUCUUUUCAUUGCAAUGCUUGUUCCAUUAAUAAGAGUCAUAAAUUGCCAUUCCAUGAAACUUCUAUCACUUCUUCUCGACCAUUACAAAUACUUUUCUCAGAUGUUUGGUCCUCUCCCACUCUCUCUUUUGAUGGUUACAAAUACUACUUACUCUUGGUUGAUCACUAUACUCGAUACAUGUGGUUCUUCCCUUUGAAACUAAAGUCUCAGGUUGCAGCCACAUUCAUCAAGUUUAAGGAGCUGGUCGAGAAUCAGUUCCAGACAAAGAUCACAACGCUUUACAGUGACAACGGCGGUGAAUACAUUGCACUCCGACCAUUUCUUGCGCAGCACGGCAUCUCUCAUCUCACCACACCACCACACACACCGGAGCACAAUGGUUUGUCUGAGAGACGCCACAGACACAUCGUCGAAACAGGUCUCUCGCUUCUUACUCACGCUUCCAUCACCACUGAAUACUGGACAUAUGCGUUUGCUGCAGCAGUGUACUUGAUCAACAGAAUGCCAACAAAAGUACUCUCAAUGGACAAUCCAUACACUCGACUCUUUGGAACUACACCCAACUACACUAAGCUGAAGAUCUUUGGGUGCCUCUGCUACCCAUGGCUGCGACCGUACACAUCUCAUAAACUGGAACCACGUUCCACUCCUUGUGUCUUUCUUGGCUAUUCUCUCACUCAAAGUGCCUAUUUUUGUUUUGAUCCUUCCACUUCUCGAGUCUAUGUCUCACGGCAUGUCACUUUUGUUGAAAAUAAGUUUCCCUUUGUUUCCCUAAGUGCCAAUGUCUCUUCUUCUACAGAAACAGAACCAGAGGAGCUAGCGUGGGUUCCAACGGUGGAACCUCUGGGUCAGCAACAGGUAACCGUGGAAGAGUCUUCACCAGAAACUGGUCCUACUUCAACAACGACCCCUCCAACAAUGACUACAUCUGCUGCUCCACCACCAACAACAACAACAGCGCCGGCUACGUCCACUGCUCCUCCCACAGCAGCUACUCCUCAACAAACACAACAUGCUAUGACAACAAGAUCUCGGAACAACAUUGUGAAGCCAAAUCCAAAGUAUGGCUUGACAACAGCCCUGGCUCCAUACGUCGAACCACAGACUAUCACUCAGGCUCUGGCUGAUGACCGCUGGCGCAAAUCUGCAACCGCAGAGUUCAAUGCUCAGGUCGCUAACAACACUUGGGAUCUAGUUCCAGCUGAAGAAGCGACAAAUCUAGUUGGCAACAGAUGGAUCUUCAGGUACAAAUACAAUCCUGAUGGGACUGAGAAAUCACUUAAAUCCAGACUGGUAGCAAAAGGAUAUCAUCAACGUCCAGGAAUAGACUACCAUGAGACCUUCAGCCCCGUCAUCAAAUCUCCAACAAUCCGGCUUCUCCUUGGUCUUGCAGCAAAAUAUGACUGGCCUCUCAAGCAACUCGACAUCAACAAUGCAUUUCUUCAGGGCACUCUCACUGAAGAUGUAUACAUGGUUCAGCCAUCAGGGUUCAUUGACAAAGAUAAACCGACUCACGUGUGCAAACUCAACAAAGCCCUCUACGGCCUCAAACAAGCACCUCGUGCUUGGUACACAGAGUUAAAAACAUAUCUUCUCAGUCUUGGGUUCAGAAACUCAGUGGCUGACGCGUCUCUGUUCUUCCUGCAUGAUCGUGGCAUUGUGAUCUUCAUACUAAUUUAUGUCGAUGACAUUGUGGUUACUGGCAACUCUCUCUCGCGCAUUCGUGACAUCAUCAGCACCCUGUCUCGCCGCUUUUCACUUAAAGAUCUUGACGACUUGGGAUACUUCCUAGGCAUUGAGGUACUGCGCACGUCUCAGGGCAUUCACCUCUCUCAACGAAAGUACAUUGCUGAUCUUCUUCAUCGCACCAACAUGACGCAUGCUAAGCCAGUUCCAACACCGAUGUGUGCUUUUACAUCGCUUUCUAUAAGAGAUGGCACUACAUUGGAUGAUCCUUCGGAAUACAGAAACGUCGUAGGCAGCUUGCAGUAUCUUCUCCUAACACGACCAGACAUUGCUCUGGCUGUCAACAAACUCUCUCAAUUCAUGCACAAGCCCUCAGACAUUCACUGGUUGGCGGCUAAGAGAGUGCUACGUUACUUGGCUGGCACGUAUGUCUCAGGAAUCUUUCUUUCGCGCAACAGUUCUCUCUCUCUCCAUGCUUAUUCCGAUGCAGAUUGGGGUGGCAACAAGGAUGAUUACACCUCUACUGGUGCAUACGUUGUAUUCUUUGGCCAACAUCCAAUAUCAUGGUCUGCAAAGAAACAAACAGGCGUAGCGCGAUCCUCGACUGAGGCUGAAUAUAGAGCAGUCUCUGCUGCUGCUGCGGAGGUUCGAUGGCUUUACAUGUUACUUCGCGAGCUUCACAUUCCAAUCAGCUCCACUCCUACGAUUUACUGUGACAAUGUUGGAGCCACUUAUCUCAGUGCAAAUCCUGUAUUCCAUUCUCGUAUGAAGCACCUUGCCCUUGACUUUCAUUUCAUCAGGGAACAAGUUCAGAAUGGUACUCUCAGAGUGUCCCAUGUGUCUUCCAAAGACCAGCUUGCUGAUGGACUCACCAAACCGCUACCAAGGAACCGGUUUCAACUCCUCUUCUCCAAGAUCGGUCUCACUAACCGUGCUCCGUCUUGAGGGGGGAUGUUAGGAUAAUGAUGUAUCAUUAUCAAGAUAACUAUAGUUUAAUAUAACAGAUUGUAUUUAUCUUAUAGAUAACCAUGAGCAUUAGAUAAGGUCGACUUGACUCUAUCUCUUGAUCUCGACUUGUAUAAAUAGAGAGCUGUAGACAUCAAUAAACUUAAGCUUUCACAAUACUAAUCUUAUAGUUUUGACAAACCAAAAUCACCAACCAUAGUUUCACAGUAAUCAAUAGUAAUAAAGAAGUAUAUUCGCUGCUUUCACGUCACGAUUAAUAAUCUUCUGAUCACAUUGCUCAUGGAAACACAAGCCCUCUUCCAGCUCCUAUCAUUCUAGACUCGACGCUUGCAUUAGACAUGUAAGGAUAAACCAGAAGCUUUUCAGUUUGUGUGAUGCAGAACAGAUAAAUUGAUCAAUUUCGACUUCUGACUGAAAAUGAAUUUCCCCUCCUAAUGCAUUUUCAUCUUUAAGACUUUUCACUGCAACCACCGUACUGUCUCCAAGUAUUCCUCUGUAUACAUUUCCAUAGCCUCCUUUUUCCCAAUUGGUUUUUACUGGUAAAGUUAUUUGUCACGACCUGAAGCUCCCUGAAACCAAAUCUCCUGAGGUGUCCAAGUGAAACUUCCUCAUAAUGAUGCCCAUCUGAUAAGCCAUUACAACAUAAGUUUCUUUCAAGUGAAUCUUCUAAGAAUGUUGUAUUGUAUGCAAGUAAGAAACUGAGAAAUUUCUCAAACCUUUAACAUCAAAGAAUGUCUUUUGGUUUUGUCUUUGUCUCCACCAUAAAAACAACCCAAAGGCAAUGAAGAUCAGUGAUACAAUUCCAACGCUGAUUCAACCCCAAUUGCCAUUUUGUGAUUCUUAGAUCUACCCCAGGUAUAAUGGCAAAGAGAAAGCAGUUGUUAGGUAGGUAUGAUCAAAUGGUGUACACGAUUGGUAGAGGAAUUGUUUGCCUAGAUUCUAAAACCCAACCAAGAUAUAAAAAGUUGUUUAGUCGUCAGCUUAUACUUGGUUCAGUCAUUAACAUGAAAGCACAUCAGUGAAGUUUAUGAUUAUCUGAGUCAGUUUUGAGAUCAAAGUCAAAACUCUAAAGCAGGAUCAUGAAAUCGUUAGCAGUUUCUUGGAUUCGUUGACGGCUUUGAUAUGCUGUUGAGAUUUCGAUGAUAUGGCAACAAUAGGUUUAAUUUCGUUGAUUGGGAAAACUGGUUAAUAGAUAUGACUAAUUUAAUAAUUAGGAAAAGGUGUGUUAAGAAGAUAAAAUGACAUUAAUAAAAUUAUAGAAAUAAGAGUGUCUAUAUAUUUAGUCACAACAAUUUUAAUAAGGCCAAAUUUAAAACAUGCCAUGGUAAAUUUCAAAUAGGACUCUGUUUUAAUAGAUUAGAUUCCGAAGUUAGCGACGAUAUAUAAAGUAUAUAUAAACAACUAUCUUUAUAUAUAAAGUUGACUUGUGUGAUGCACACAAGCCUCCACGACACCAAAAGAGAGGGGGCUUUUUUUGACAUGUGUCGGCUCGGGAGUGGAUCGGUGUUUCUCACACUCUCCCUUCUCUGCGAGCGCGUCGCUUACGUCUGUGUGUUUGUCCCACCAAAUAGGUUGGGCUUUUGUGUGAUUAAUAUAGGCCCAAAUAUGAUUAGGUUAUUUUUCUUCUUGGUCGUUCUUCUUCUUCCCUGCCUCUUGACAGAAAGUCGACAACGUAACGUCCCAAGAAUCUUUGCUCUGAUAUUUAUUCUGAGUUUUCCUUUCAUUAAUCCUUUCAUUUAAUUCUCACUUAUCUCUCGUCUUUUCAACUUCAUUAUUUUCAAUCCUAUAAAUUGAGGACCAUAACUUUGCUCUAGCAAACAAUCCAUUCCUUGGAACACAGCCUACAAAAAUGGUGACUUCCCAUCUCUUGCUUAUUAAACUUUGGUGUUGCUAUAUUUUAAGAAAAAGAUUUGUUACAGCGGUGCCUGUUAAUUUAUCGUAAAUGGACAUGCUUAUCUGUGUAGAUGUUACAGAUUUUGACCUCUACAAAUACUGGGCAUUUUUUUUCCUACCCUGCUUGCUUUUACUUCAUUGAUGCUUAUCUUUCUCCUGUGACAUGUGUGGUUCCUAAUGUUUUUCCUGCAUUUUUUUUAAUUUGUCGUACAGAGGCAAUAUUAGCUUUGUUCAGACUUCAGACAACAAAUUACUUAGAAAGCUCAUAACACCUUCUCUUCCACAAUCCAAUGACAAAACCAAAGCUCUCCAAAUAACCCCUGAAAUCCAUUCAUGGCAUCAAAAGAUCUACGGGUAUUGCUUCUAUCUUUCUAUAAAUAUUUUAGUCAUUUGGAUUCUGUUUCGGCCAGUAUGAUAUAAUAUGAUACUGAUUCUUUCUCGCCUUGAAAUUUAAGUUCAAGUUCAUGUUUCUUUAUAAAGGUCAACAUUAUUUUUUUCUUUUCUACAUUUCUGAUACUCCACCUAUAUUAUAGCGUAAGAGAAUCCCUAAAAUUGACGUUCCUAAAACUGAUACCAUGUAAUUAAAAAAUACUUCACCUAUAUUUGUUCUUAUGAGGUGUCGUUUGUGGAGCUAAUUUUUUUAAUUGUAUUUUGCAUUGCGGUUAAGUGUAUGUGAAGUAUUUUUUAGGACUAAUGAUUAGUAUGGUUGUAGCUUGAUCAAUGUGUUAUUGUAUUUCCUGCAGAUGAUGCUUUUCUCCAUCUGAUUCAGCCAAUGAAAUAAGCAUAUUGAUCACAAUAAUGCUCUUUAGCUUCUAUGACUAUGAGCAAACACUAAUGGUUGGUUUUUAAUAUGUCCACUUAAAAUUUCUCUUAUCAGAUGCAUAAGACUGUGAUAGUCUUUGAAAGUGGUCAAACCACAUGAAUUUUAUGUUGAUUUUGAGAUGAUUUUGUACUUUACUGCAACCUCCAACCACCUCAGUUACGGUGCGCACUGCUUACUGCAAUGGGCGUCUCCUACAAGCCAAAGAACCUUGCCAUUGCUUCCAGAAGAUUCUUUGGCACUAACCCAAAUCUAGCGAGCUAGGCCAAGAUGGCUACAGCUACACAUGUUGUGCAAAUCCCUAAACGCAACAUGACCCAUGAAACCAAGCUUAACUACGACUUAAAAACCCGUUUGUGAUAUGCAGGUCAACUUAUAUCCCGAUCUGCAUAGGACAAAAGGAUGUGUCAUGUCCUUCACCGCCCGGUUUCUACCAACCCAGGAAGAAAGCGUAUGUUCUGUAUGUGAUAUUGCAGUCAUUGGCGUAGACGCAUCUGGUCUGCUCGCUUUGCUCUCCGUUUCAAGUCCGGUGAUCAAUUCAGAUUGGUAACUUUGAGAGUCUUAUGUGGUUUUCUACCUCUGUGGAUGAGGUUAAGUAAAAGUGACUUUAAAUAAAGAAAAAUAUUGUUUUGACAAAGUUAUACAUAUUCUGCAAUUUGUAAAUUGUGAAUGAUGUAGCUAGGACUAUAAUCUAUUAUUUUAUAUAUAGUCAUUGUAGGAGUUCGUUUAUAUAUUUUUUAACUUACUUCAA